AUGAUGGAAAUGAAGACGACAAUAAUGAACACGGAUACGACUGUCAUUGCAAUGUCCAGGUGGAAUCUGUCCAACAGGAACACCACUUUGUCAAACUUGUUCAACACCACUCCCAUAACGACACAGAUUAUGGCCAAGAAAAUGACAAUGAGGACCAGGAGAAAAAACGACACCACGCAAGACACUAGGUGUUUAUUUUCUUCUCCCGUACACUAUUGGUUCGGAUCCCUUCGUUUUAAACCCUCUCUCCCAGUCAAAAUCCUGGACAGCAUCCAGUCCGAUCCCCUAUCUGCCCCAAGUGCCCCUGACGAACCAGGGCCCAACUGCAUUUCAUCCAGCACCUCGACCCAAGAUGAAGAAUCAGAAGACUGUCUUUACCUGGAUCUGUACAAGCCCCCCUCUGGCCAAGACUUGUCCCUUGCGGUGAUUCUGAACUACCCAGGGAGGGGUGACCGAGAAAGGAGGGGAAGUUUUGGAUGGGAGAAUUUCGGACCCGAAUACUUCACCACUCUGUGCAGAUGUGCCGUUGCUGUUGUCAACAUCAGGGGCAGAGGUGCACAGGGUUUCUUCUCUCUUCCCGAACUUGGGUACCCUGGAAAUCUCGGCGAGGGCGACAUCGCGACAGCCCUGCAGUUCUUAAUGGAGAACAGAGCCAAGUUUGCCCUAUCUAGGGACAAAGUUCACCUGGUGUCACAAAACGAACACAACUCCAUCGCUUUCAGCUUUCUCAUGAGCAAUGUGAACAAGUACUCGUUCCGUUCUCUCAGUAUGUUCGGAAAUCAUCACUUCACCGAAGACCCUUUCUACACGCAGUCGGAAGAAUCAGUCACUGAAAAAUCUAGACUCUUUAUUUCCAGUUGCACUGAGCAGACAAUGAACAAAAGAGCUCUACAAAACUGUCUUCAUGGAAUCGAAGACAUCCGAGGUUACUACAAAAAUGACUCAUCCUCCUUCAAAUGGGGCCCAACUAGACUAAACGGGGCAAAAGAGAGUGACUUUGAGAACAGAUUGAAGAAACUGGGCGCUAUGAGGAAACAGAUCAAGAUAUUUCACGGAAACUCUAUGGUCAGCGGGCUGAACUUGAUCGAAUCUGGAAAAUUCCAGAACACUUUUCUGGAUUCGCUGCAUCCCAACCUGUAUAUCCGAACUCUCCGAAAUCCAGUAGUAGAGCCAACAGUUCCCUUCGAUGUCUAUACCAAAAUGCUAAAUGCCACUCUUUGUACUCUGGACACCCAUGGAAAUCCAGGCAUCCUCUCGCCGCUCCAGUGCAACAUCAUCAUCCAGGAGUACCUGCCACGAGACAACCUAAUCGAGUCAAUUGACCGAAAGAGCGCACUUAGACUAAUCUCAGAAGGCCUUUUCGAUCGACAGCAGAAAGCAUUUCUUCAUCGACUGAAUUUAAUUUCAAAGUAUUUCGAUACUUUCGCCUACAUGAUUGAUAAGAGUUUGAUAUUGGAGAAAAAAUACAGAGAAGCAAACUCGCUAGAAGUUGAUUAUCUUUUGGACACAGUUCCAAACUUUUCGACAAAAGAUCAAAACGGAAUUUCGACGAAGAUUAAUAUCGUGUUGGCUAAUCUCCUCGCUUCAUCUAUCAAUAACCAAAUCCAGGACCCUUACUACUUGCAGUGGAAUUGGCCAAAGUACCAGAGCAGUACUGGCUUCCUCGUCCUGGCCAUAGUGCCCCAGGACCAGCUAUCUUCCAGAGUGUCCAUACUCCCGGUCAAGGACUACAGACCCAGAGCCAAACGGUUCUGGACAGGCAUACUUCCCACUCUAUCAGAGCCCUCAUUCUACUCCCAAUACUGCACUUCCCUCUCUCGCUCAACGGGGGGCCUCAUCUCCGCAGACUCAGACAGGGCAUCAGGCAUGAACAACCCAGCCGGGUACCCUUCCCCCACCUUGCAGGAGGCCCACUUGAUUCUGUCCAGUGAUGCGGAACUGAAGAUGGCAAUUUUGUUAGGCACCACUGCCUUUCUAGGAAGUCUCGUCUUUAUCAGUUGUAUUAUGUUGGUGGCCACUAACCAGCAAUUGAGAAAGGUCAAGGCGGAAAAGAUGAUGAGUGAAGACUUGCAGAGGAAUGCCGUACUCGCCACAUGCAAGUUCGAUAACGUACACGCUGAAACAAAAUGCGACUACAUUCGUCACUGCCAAACAUUGCCAAAUGAGAGACACCGAAUUUCUAACAGCGCCAUAAUCAACGACGACUAUCUGGACUACACACAACACAGACGCCAGUCUCCGGAACAGGAAGCGAGUAGUAUCACUAAUGGGUCGGCCAAACCACUCUUAUACGACCAGCAAAACUAGAACUAUGUAUUCCCUAUUUUA